AGUGAGAUGGACAAAACAUUUAAAAGUCCUUCAGCCUUGACAGUAACUUCCCAAUUACCUUCAUUUCAAAGCAAUAAUUCAUCCACACCUACUCUUAGUUCUCUAACUUUUGGCAAAGAUAUCGAGCCAAAUAGUUUUUCAUUGCUGCAUUCAAAACAGGAAUCAAAUCAAAAUUAUGAAAAUAAAGAUAAUAAUGUGGAUGAUGAAGAAAUACUCACAA